AUGAGUAAUACAAAAGAUACAAUCAUUCAACGAAUAAUGGAUACACAAAAUAGACGAUUGGAAUUGAAAAGUAAAAUGGUUGAUAAUAAUCCUUUAUUCGAUUAUAAUAAGGGACAACUAGAAUAUUCAUUACCAUGGCCAAUCAUUGGUAGAAUAUUGGAUCUGGCUUGGACAGAAUCAACUAUUUGUACGUGUUACUAUAUUGAUCAAUUUGUCAAUACUUUAAAAGUUGAAGAACUAGAUGAACCUGAAUACGUAUCUAAAAGAGUACAUCAAUUCCUAUCGUCAAAGAAUUGUACAAACCUUGUAUUCAACCCCGAUACAAAGGCUUGGGAACACUUGACCAACCAAUACUGUCCAAUCAAAGCACCCAAGUCUGUCACCUUGUUGAAUACACUAUAUAGUCUACCUCCAGGUACAGCAACGUGUACUUUCAGUUCGGUCGAGAAGCUCAAGCUUGACAACUACUAUAGUCUCAAUGCACACAAUGUCAAAGAAUUUCCUAAAUUCUUUAAGAAUAUCAAAUCGUUGACAACAACCAAUUAUGGAGGUUUCAUAUUGGAUUUCAAGUAUCUCACAUCGCUCAACUCAAUUCAAAAAAAUUUUGCAGCGUGUGUAAAGAAAGAAUUAAAAAGAAGACUUAAAAAUGAUUUAAUUGUGAUUUGUCAAUCAUUGGAUAUAGAAUCAUCAAAUAGAACAAAAGAUUCAAUGAUCAACCAAAUAAUCAAUGUACAAAAUAGACUUAAAAUGGUUGAUGAUAACCCUUUAUUCGAUUACAACAAGGGUUAA